GUGUAUCCUCAAACCAGGGAAAGUUGUCACUGUCACUGUCAGCCACAUAUGUCUAAAUACCAGCAUUAGCGUUAUCAGCCUUAUAAAUGAGUGUAUUAAAAUGAGAUAAGUAACAAUUGCGUUUGUGUGCUUAAUUGGGACCUCGCGGAGUAUGAGCAAUAUGCCAUUUCGAAGAGGUAAAUAGACGCAGCGAGAUGGACUGGCUGAGCAAGUACAACAUCCUCUCAAAGCCACAGACUAGGGCUCUGAUGAGCAGUACCGAGGAAGAAUGUGAUCCGCAGGCCUGCUACGACAGCUUCAAGGAGCACUGGCAUCAAGCUCUAAAGAUAAUAAAUCGAGCGCAGCAAAUGCCCAGAAACGACGAUGUUCUUGGAGUCGUAAAUCAUCUGGAGCAAAUGGUCACUCUUCUCUUGUACGACGUCAAAAAGAUCGAUCAGCUGAGAGUACCCAUUUCGUCGACCUCCCAAUGCCUGGAGUACAUGCUGGGGGAAAAUAUUCUAGAUAAGUUGUUUGAAUGGGGCGUCCGCGCUGGGAAAUUUAAGGAUGCCGUCCGAUGCGAACAGCUAAAAUUAUACGAAGUUUUAAUUAGCAGGUCGCGCCACGUUCUCUUAGUCCAUGAACCGUUUCUCAGGCCAAUGUUGAAACUCCUCAACUCUUGUAAAGACGAACUGUUUUCCAAAGAUAUCGAAAAACUGCUAGUAGAUCUGUUGAAUCAGUUGUGUGCGCUGUUGAUGCAGAAUAUAGACUUAAUAGAUCUUUUUUUCCAGAGGAGUGAGAAUAACACAAGGUUUAUCAUUUUUAUUUUACUUAUCCCGUUCGUCCAUCGUGAGGACUCGAUAGGGAUGCGUGCUCGAGAUGGUCUGCUAUUGUGCAUGUCGUUGUCUAAAAAGAACAAAGAAGUGGCGACUUACAUAGUUGAACGUUCGAAUUUUGCCGUGUUGGCGGCGAGUGGUUUAAAUGGCUUAUAUUCUUUGUUACCAAAUAUUUUAGACGAUAUCCAAGUACCUGAUUGGCGACGGUUAACUCCCGACGACGUUAACGAUAUAAAAGGUUUAUCGACAUUUGUGACGUCACUAGAGUUUAGUAACGCGGUAGCACAAGUCGCGCAUCCUAUGAUUAGGAGACAACUACAGGAGUUUCUUUUUCGGGGGUUUUUGAUACCCGUUUUAGGUCCCGCUCUUUUGCAAACUAAUGUAAACGAACAGGUUGCGGCUACUGCUUAUUUGGAAUUAAUUUUACGCACAGUUACGCAACCGGGCCUUCUAUACGCGCUAUUAAAAUUUUUGAUUAAUAUGGAAUACGACGGUCAUAGACUUCUGGAUAUUUUAAUACAACGAGUACACUCGGACCGCGAGCUGUGUUUGGUUUCUCUGUCGUUGUUCGAAACUAUGGUUCACUUAAACUGCGAGGAUAUGAUGCUCGAGUUGGUUUUUCAACAUUUACAACCGUGUUUGCACUUGAUGUUGUCACAAAGGAGAUUAUUAUUGCCGUUGGAUCCGCAUUGUCAGAAUUUCGAAAAAUUGCUGAACCUAGCACCGAGCUGUUGCGAGUUGCCGAGCUCACCCAGAAGCGACAUCCAUUGGAAUCAUUAUGGUGGACAGCAGAGUCUGUGUGGGAAGUACCAUGCCUAUUUAUACGACGCAAGGAAUAAAAUUUCUAGCUGCCAAGCGGCAUGUACAUCUUGGAAUAAUUCGUAUACCGGGUGUGACGAAAUCGUCCAAGACCCUACGAUUACCGAAGAAAACUGCAAUAGUCUCUCGUCUCUGGGCGAAAGCAGCGGCUACGAAAGUUUAAAAAUCAAAAUCGAAGAUUCGAGCGAAGAGACUCCAAUAUGGCAAAUCUCUUCAAACAAGAUCCGAAAACACAAUCCUUCUUUUGUAGAUAACAGUGAUCAGUUAAACAGUUCCGGUAGUGCUGGACCUUUUCUCACUCUUCUUCUCGAGAAGCUUAAAAACUUCUUGUCGAACUCAUUCUAUAUAAAUUUACACGUGACAGGGUUAAUUUCGAGGUUAGCUGUAUACCCACAACCUCUCCUAAGGACCUAUCUUUUAGACGACAGUUUAGUGUUACAGCCAAACGUGCCAUCAUUAUUUCAAAUUAUUGGUUCGCUGAAACAAAGUAUCGACGAAUAUAUGAGUAGGCGGGCCGAUAGCGGCAGCUUGAUAAAAGCUGCGAGAGACUUCCUCGUCGAUAGGGAGACCCGGCUGAUAAACGCCCGAAGAAACACUCUAGAAAAGUCGUCUUCGUUUAACGUCGAGCCCGAGCCGUUCCAGCGGAACGGCCCGAAACGCAGGAGCUUAAAUUUACCUUCCAUUACGAGCAUGUUUGGACGCAGGCCGAGCCAAGUUGCCGAAAACGGGGUCGCGUUAGUACCCACCGAAGAGUAUCAAUGCAAUUUAAUUUACCCUAAGUUUAACGAAGAGCAACACGUGGCAUUGUGUGCCGUUUUGUUGGAUGAGUGGGUUAAAGAACUCGCCGCUCUUGCUCAAGAACACAUGAUCGCGCAACUUGCCGCCCUCUUUAAAUAACGGGUCAAUUUAAAAUUAGGCAAUACUUUUCUAUUCUUUAACCCGUCUUUAAUACUGUUAAAAUCAAAAUAACUCAAUAUUGGCUGAUAUAUUUAUUGUUAUAAGGGUUUUGAAUUUAGCAAUUUUAGUGUGUACUUAAGGGUUCAUUUUGUCUGCUUUAAAGAGAUUUGUGUGUGUUUGUGUGUAGGUGUUCGGACCGACAUUGUGCACCUUUAAGUCAUUUGCUAUCGUCCAUUAUGGGAACAUAUCUUCAACAUCAAGACCCUCGAUUUUUUUUUGUUAAUAACUUGUUAACAGGUUAACACUAUGUUUAAGUAACUUUCAAAAAUGUCUGUGAUCUCUAUGUAAAAUUAAGAAAAUUUUUAUACAAACAUGUUGACGUUGUUGACACCUCAUUGUGGAUUUGCUGUGUAUUUUUAUUCGGAGUGUAUUAUACAUUUUAUUUAUUUUAACUUUAUCUUAAUUCGCAAAUGUUAAUAUUAUUUGUAGCGUAGGGAGAGUUGUAUAUGAUUUGUUUACAAUAAAGUAUACAAAUAUUUUAUUAA